GAUCCGAUGCGACGGCGACGGAGCGCGGACGUUCACGCAGCUGCUGUUUAUAUUUACGUUAUGUUUCACCAGUUUCACCACCCGCAGAGACAACGCUUAUAAUAACCUAAUAAUAACACUAUUAAUCAUCAGUGAGUGUACAAUGUGUGAAAGUGAAGUGUAGUGCAGUGAUUUCGGAUUUACCAAAAUUACAGAUGGCGUAGAAAAGCAGUCAGAGACAUCCAUCACAAAUGUUAUUGAACGGUCUAAUGGAAGGGGAACCUUUACCCAAGACCAACUUGAUACCGUCGAUCAAGCUCGAAAAGGGACACAGGACCAUAAGUGAUUUGAUGAACUUCAUCCUACCGGACACAAGCAUGGCGAUAAAGGACAACCAAAAAACUGACAAAUGCGUAUACUCCGUGCCCGUCCAGCCGCCGAUCUCCGAAAGAAUGAAGUCCAUCAAUGACGCAAAGCAGGCGUUCUUAAACUCCACAAUAAACUCGCAAACGAUGCCGCCUAAAAAAGCAAUCAAGAAAGAAGAGGUUACAUUACAUUAUGCUCAGAUUGCAAUCACAACAGAAAGCGAGGAUUCGAGAAGCACCGGCGGAGGCAAAGAUUUCAAGCAAACUGUCAAUCAGUUCAAAAUGAGGGAAACUGUUCCACCAAAAGACAUAUCUCCGAAUAUCAAAAAACUCAUGGAACAACAGCAAAGGAAAGUGAGCUUUAAAAUUAAAAACGCUGGGAGCUCUUAUCGACGUGCUCCUGUUGCGAAGACGGUAACUAUCACAAGCAGCAAAGUUACGGAAUUAACAAAGAAGUUUAAUGAUCUAGUGGUUGAUGAACCGAUCAGAGGGACGAAAAAACCAUUGACUAAAACAAUAGAUGUGCAAGCGGCCCGAUGUUCUGCAAGCAAUAGCUCUACACCGUCUUCAACACUUUCAAGUCCGAAUAUAAAAAUAGUAGUGCGUCAACGAAGAGGCUCAAGAAAACGAAAUAGUAGACGAAGGUGUUCAAGUAUGGAUUCCAUUGACAAACACGUUUCUGAUACUUCUUCAGCCAGAAUGCGUAUAAUCCGCUCAAAAUCCGAUAACACCAAAAUACCAAAAUCGCCUAAGAAAAGAUUAAAGUACUCCAAUUCUAGUGAACAGAGCGGCUCUGAUUCCGUAGAUGGGUCUCCCAAAAAAACAAGCAGUAAAGAUGUCGAACCCCCUAAAGAAAGAAAACCAACGGAAAGCAACGUAGUUAAAAAUGUUAUUAAGAAAUUUGAAUGCGAAAUCAUUGCGCAAACCAAUUCAACUAAUAACACACUAAAAAGACCACCUGCGAAACCCCAAAAACCUUUACCCAUGCCUAAAGAGAAACCAAAAGUACCUGAAAAGAAAUCAACUUUAGUUUUAACGAAAAAUAUUGUGGUAAAGGACGGUGUUCCUAAAAUAAAGACUAUAAAACCGGCUCCUUCGGAACUGCCUCCAAAACCAUUAAACGUGAAAACACCUAUCGCUGAAAAUCUCAAAAGAAAAGAAUCUCUUUAUGAUAAAAAUAAGUAUAAAACUAACUACAUACAUUCCGAAAAACUGCCUUUAAAGAUUGUUGAAAUAAUUCAAGAGGAUAUCAGCGAGAGUUCUAUGACAUCGAUUAAUCCGGAACCAGAGAGUGUAGCGUCGCCUGAGAGUAAAGUGGAAGAAAAAGUGCAAGUUGUUAAUAAUAGUAUAACUCCUAACGAAUCAUUUCUUUGGCGGCGGAAAAGUAGCAUACUUUGUUCGGAUUCUGAAAAAUCUGUGUCAGAAAGCCCGUACAGUUUUUAUAGCUGCAGUCUUAAUGAAACUGCGGAAUCAUGUCCGGAAGUUUUCAUAUCUACUGAAGAAUCUCCUAAUAGUGUAGUAACUAUUUCGCAAACAAACGAAGAGACUGGAACUGAUCCUACUAAUGAGUCUAAUUCAGACUUUGAAAGUAACUUAGUUGAGGCUUAUAACAAAGAAAUAUUAGUCGGAUUUACGUCGAAACCUAAAAAAGACGACGUUGUUGAAGACGACUAUGAAAUCUUAGAACCAAGAGACACUGAAAACGUAGUCAUAAUACCUGUUAGAACGCUGGAUAGAGUUUCAAAAAUAAACUGUCCUCUACCUGAAAUUCCUAAAGAAGAGCCGAUAGAAAAGAAAAAAGAUGACUCGGGAGAAAAUAUUUAUCAAUGCCUUUUAGAAAUGAGAUCGCAUCCUGAAGGAGACGAGAGUAGUUUGCAUAGUUACGAGCUGUGCGAUUCGCAGUUAGAAGAGAGAACUAGAGGCGAUGGAGACAGUGACGACGGUUAUGAAUACUGCAAGUCGCCAAUCAAACCCUACUGUGUUACCUCCAGUUCCGGAAUACAAAUAGCUGAAAAUUACCAGCCCUACCAACCUAAAGCUAGCAAAAACUACGAAGUCUCCAAAUCUGUGAGCGGCGCAUCGACCGUCAGUUACGAAAAGAUCGGCUCCGACAGAAUAUACGAGCGAAUCCCCGCGAGAGCUCCCAAGUCUAAAGAAAGCAGUCCCACGGAUAGGAAAAGACAUUCCUACGCCUCCGACUACACGACCUACAACGAUUCUGAGAACAUCUACGAUACAAUCAAGCACGCUGACGCGAAUUCCCUAUCGCAUUGCUAUGAAAGCAUCCCGAACAGCCCAAGUAUGGUGAAACUGAGAAAUAAUCUUAGGAAACAAUUAGCUUCUACUGUUCAUAAGCGGUUGUCGUUCGAUAAUAUGUCCAAUAUAAGUCAGUCGACGAUUUCGAGUGAGCAGAAGACUAAUAGUAUAUACGGGCAGAGAUCUGUGAUCAGUUACAAUGGUCAGGAAGUCGCUUUUCAAGUACCGAGUAGCGAGACAAGUGUCAGUGACAGGAGCGAUCGCAGUGACGACUGGGUCGACGUGUCAGACGAGGAGAGAACCGAUGAACAGAAGAUCAUUAUUGUGCGAGAGAGAAGUCGCGGGAGAAAGAGUCCAAUCAGCUGGUCCCAGAAGGUGCGGCAUCAGUGGCAGAAGACGCCUAUAGAGACUGAGAACGACCAAGAAUGCGACAGCGGCGAUUCAGGCCACCUAUACGAGUCGCUGGAAACACCGCCACCGGCCGCGCACGAGGCAAGGCUCACGCAUGACACACGCACGCACGCGCUAGAUGACGACUUCGACUCGUUCGACAGCGAUACCGAGGACGAACACGAGUCUGCCGCCCACCAAGCACCAGCACUGCCAGCAUCCCGGCUUCCAGCUCCGCCAAGUGCUGGAUACACGCUCACCAAGAUAGCCAGCGUGGCUCACAAGAAGAUGCGACAGCUGAAACGGAACUUCACCAAGCGAUGCUCCGUGGCAAUGGACGGUAAUCCCUUCGCAAAAGUAACGACGCCGAAAACCGACCCAUACAACGAGCCGAAGAAAUCGCCCAUAUACGCCAACUGCGAGCGCCCUGAGCACAGCUACAGCAAUAUGAACUUUCAAGAGACACUCAAUAAGACUGAGAAUCCCAUGAAGGGGUUCAAAGAUGAACUGAAGACGGUUAUUAGUGACAAGAGGUUUAGUAAUGGAGAGAUGGCGCCACCGUUGCCUGAAAAACAAGAGAAGCAAGAUAAACCACCGACCCCUACGAGUGAGACAAAGAAAGACAGCGGGACGUUGUCUAGAAAAACGUAUUUUUCGUUCAAAUCGCGGUUCAGACGAGCGACGUCGAUGGCAGUGGAUAUCAACUCGGACGUGCCUAGUGCGUUGAAGAUCACGAAUUCGACGUUCUAUUUGACUGACUCGAUGGAUGGAGACUCCGGGUUUAGCAACUGCAGCGACAACGGGCAAGGCAGCGUGGAAACCCUGUCACCGACCGCCCCGGCGCGCCACCACCGCGACGGUACGCGCGCGCUCAUCUCCGCGUCCACGCCCUGCCUGGCUCGAGCUCAGGCUCAGGCCGCAGCUCAGGCCACCCAGGCAACUCAGGCCACUCAAGCCGCGCUCGAGCGUCCGAGCGUGCCGCCGCCGCCGCCGCCCGGCCGGCCCACUGACAUUAGCGCUGUCAAUGAAGAACUGAAACGACUGCUGCCGACGCUGACGCGGAAGGACAAGGCGCCGCGAGCGCGCACCUCUUGGUACGCCGAAUGUGGUUCCGACACAUCCACGCACACCUCCAACACUUCUUGGUACGCGGAGGCUGGCCUUUACCAAGCUGGCAACAUCUCAUCAUCGUCGGGUGCAUCAUCAGGCUCGCACCCCGCCUCGCCACUUCCCCACUCGCUGUUCACACACGAACCGCUCUACCAGUUCUACAACGCGGCUAAAGUCGAGUCCGUCUGCCGCGACACCGGCGACUCGGAUUCGGACGCGUACGACGCGGGCGCCGGCUUGGGCGCCACGCCGGCGCCUUCCCGGCCGUCGGCCAUGGCGCUGGUGGCGCCGCGGGGGCCCGCACGCACGCUCUGGUGCGAGGUGCCAGAAGUGCUGCAGUCUACUGUCCUCAGUUCCCUAGCGCCAGCUCAAAAGCGACUGCAAGAAGCCAAGUUCGAGCUACUCACCUCAGAGGCGUCGUACCUCAACUCGCUGAACGUCCUCGAGUCGCACUUCAUCGCGCACCCCGCCUUCCGCGACCCGCAGGUGCUACCCCGCGAGGAGUGGGAGGCACUGUUCUCCACCAUAAUACCUGUACGCAAGUGCUCCCAGCUCCUCAUGGUGGAACUGGAGCGCUGCUGGCAGGAGAACAUCCUGCUCACCGGCAUCUGCGACCUCGUGAGGAGACACGCCGAACAACACUUCCACAGCUACGUCAAGUACUGCUCGAACCAGGCGCUCAUGGUGCGGGCGCUACAGCGUUUGAGAGAGAGGCCUGCGUUUGCAACUGCGAUGAGAAGACUCGAAAGCCACCCAGCGUGCCAGUCGCUGUCGCUCCACUCGUUCCUAAUGCUGCCCAUGCAGCGCGUGACCAGACUGCCGUUACUGCUGGACGCCGUGCUCAAACACCUCAACGAGGGAGACGAGGAACGAGAGGGCUGCAUGCUGGCUCUGGCUACCCUCAACCACUUCGUGUCACAGUGUAACGAGGGAGCGCGCAACACGGAGCGCAUCGAGGAAAUGUUCCGGAUAUCGCAGAGCAUCGAGUUCCCGUCCUCCAUGCGAAACCCACCCAACCUUGGUCCGGCUUGUUCACGUCGGGAUAAGAGACCGGUGCGAUGGCUAGUGCGAUCAGGCGAAGCGACACAACUGGUAUGGAAAGCGGACGAGUCCAAGCUAACCUUCGGCCGCAAGUUCCACAAGACACCGCUUCACUUGUUCCUGUUCAACGAUCUGCUCGUCAUCACUAAGAAGAAGGGAGAGAACAGCCAUAUAGCGGUGGACUUCUGCCCGCGCUCGCUGCUGGAGGUGUGCGCGGGGGACUCGGGGCCGGGCGGGCUGGCCGCCAAGCACGCGCUGCUGCUCACGCUGCUCGAGAACCACGAGGGCCGCACGCUCGAGAUGCUAAUCUCGUGCCCGUCGGAGACGGACGCGUCGCGCUGGAGCGAGGCGCUCGCGCCGCCCGCGGCCGACGCCGGCGAGGCCGUGUACGCGGGCUGGGACUGCCCGCAGGCUGUAGCCCUGUACGCCUACGCGGCCGCGCAGCCCGACGAGCUGUCGCUGGCAGAGGGAGAUGUGCUCAACGUCACGAGGAAGACUAGUGAAGGCUGGUACUACGGCGAGCGCACCCGCGACGGCGAGGCGGGCUGGUUCCCCGGCUCCUACACCACCGAGGUCGCCUCCGCGCACGCGCGCGCGCGCAACCUGCGCCAGCGCUACCGGCUGCUGGCUCUGUCCGGGACUUACCUCGGCCAGAAGAAGAAACCCUGACCAGCCGAGGGACCUAGGUGUGUCACAGUCCCUAGACCGUCAAGGAUUUAUGUCAAUUCUAAGCGGGACGUAAAAUAGCUAUGAUAGAACUAGGCUCCCAGACCGCUCCUCGGUGCGCUGCGGUGCAACCUGCGGUACAUCCUGCUAGCGCCAUCCGGCACGAAUCUGGGACAGAAGAAGCCCUGACCUGAC